ACUUGUCAACUGUCAUCGGCAUUUGAGAAAGUAGAAAUAAAAGUUAUAAAAGGUGUACAAUAAACAUCUGCUAAUAAAAAUUGUCGUAUUUCAAAAACACAAGCGAUUCAAUCCGAUUUAAAUAAAAAAAUGGCACAACUGGAACAAAAUUUAAUGAACGUCACAGCAGCAAUCGAAAAACAAGUUGAUGCAGUUAUAGAACAUAUAGAUAAUUUGGAUGUUAAUGAUUUGGAACAACUCAAACAGAGCAGGAUUAGAGAACUCCAGAAACAAGAAGAAAACAAAAAAAUAUGGCUUGCUAAUGAUCAUGGAAAAUAUGAGGAGUUGGCAGAGGAAAAAAUGUUCUUUGAUGUCAUCAAGAAAUCUGACAAUGUUAUCUUACAUUUUUACAGAAACAGUACUCCUCGUUGUGAAAUUGUUGACAAACAUUUGAAGGCUUUGGCACCCAAGCACAUCGAGACUCGCUUCACUAAACUCAACGCAGAAAAAUCCCCUUUCCUAGUAGAAAAAUUGAAAAUAAAAACUCUACCCACCAUAGUCUUGAUAAAGAAUGGUGUGAUGGUCGAUAAAAUAGUAGGAUUCACGCAGCUUGGCAAUUGUGAUGAUUUUUCAACGGAGACAAUAGAGUGGAGGAUUGCACAACAUGAAGUGAUUAAUUAUGAAGGUGAUUUGUCUGUUCCACCAUUAUUGCAAGAAAAGAAAAGCCAAGGAAGUGGGAAAAAAAUUAGAGAUGGUAUUUUCAAUAGAGAUGAUGAUGAUUUAGAUAUUGAAGAAUAUGGUUUAGCAAGAGAAUCUGCAAAGUCAGAAAAUGUUAAUAAAAGUUUUUCAGAAUUGACACCAGAAGAGGCCGCAGAAUUGGGAAUCGAGUAAUAUGCAAAGGACAAGGAAAUUUAAAUUUAUCAUACACUUUAUAAAACUAACAAGUUUCUACAAUUUCUUGAUCUGAGAAAGUACCGAAAGUACUAAGAUAACAAUUAACUUUUUAUAAAACUGAGAGUCCUAAAUUAUUUAGUAUUUUUAUAUUUAAUGAUUUUAUAAUCAUUUUCAUUUGUAUAGAAAUAUUUUUCACAUUAGAAAUCUUUGUACCUAUCUUUUUAUCCAUUUUGUUUGUUAUGAUCACUAUAACUUUUCAUUUGCCACAAUAACUGCAUGACAUUUUUAUAUUAAAUAGAUUCUAUUAUGAAUUA